AUCCCACACGAGCUAACUGCACACAAGAACGGCUACAGAUCCUUCCCGGCGCUGCUAAGCUAGGCAGCACACUCGCCGGCUUCGAUCUCCACCCCCGGCGGCAGCAUCUACCCGACCGAUCGACCCAAGGAGAUGAAGCUCAUCGCGGGAAGCCCGGGGACAUGGAGCGGCAUGGCGCUGCGGGUGUUGCAGUGCAUCUUCGCCGCCGCAUCCGUCUGCACCAUGGUCACCGGUUUCGGCUUCUCCAACUACACCGCCUUCGCCUACAUGAACACUGUGUUGAUCCUGCAGUUUAUGUGGAGUUUGGGCCUUGCUUGUGUUGAUAUCUUCUCCCUGAGGAACAAAAAGGAUCUUCACGACCCCGCUAUCGUAACCCUCAUUGUUUUCGGUGACUGGAUCAUGUCUGUUCUCGUUUUCGCGGGAGCCUCUGCCUCCGCCAGUCUGGUGAUCCUCUUCACGAAGGAUUUGGACUUCUGCAAGGUAUACUGGCGACUGGCAUGCAGUCAGUUCGUGCUUUCGACCAUCUUGGCGUUCAUGGUGUGGGCGGUGGACGCUGCAUCUUCUUUCUCCGGGUUCUGGCUACUGGUCUCUUUCUUCUAGCGGUCUCACAUGCCAUGGUGUGCUAAUUGUCAGUCAACAGUACAGCGAUUGCAAUGUGCUCGGGGCACUUAGAUUUGAGAUGAUGGACAACAUAAUCCUUCAUGACUUCUAGAUAUAUCGUCUGUUUGAUAGCUCAUCUUUGUUUCGGGAACUGGUUAUGACUUAUAGCAUCCUGUGUGUAAUAGUUAUCGUUUUGAUGAUGUGGAACCAUUAAUAUGGAGAGU